GAUAGUUAUUCCAAGAUGGCGCUGCGCACAGUUUGUUCUGCUACCUUACGAACCGGGGCAGAUUUAGGGGUCAGUAAUGCGAGGACAUUUAUCACAACAGCGCUGCUCUGCAGACGGGUUCCUCCUGUGGGUCCAAUGCCGAAUGAAGAGAUUGAUGUUAAAAACCUGGCAUUGAUAGAGAAGUAUCGCAGCUACAAUCGUUACUUCAGGCAAGCGGAGGAGGCAAAGAAGAAGAACGUUUGGUGGAAGACUUACAGGAGCUACGUGGGAAAAGCUGAUCCUGAGCACGGCGCUGAGCGAGUGGACAUUGGGCUGCCCUACUGUCAACCCGCCAGAACCAAAGAAGUGAGGAGGAGGAGGCAGGUGAUGAAGGAGAACAAGAAGAACAUUGAGCUGGAGCGGGCGUCUCGUCUGCGCACGUUUAAGAUCCCUCUGGAUCGAGUGCAGGAAACCUGGGAGGAGACAAGCGGCCCGUUUCACAUUAAAAGACUUGCAGACCAUUAUGGGGUCUUCAGAGAUCUCUUCUCCAUGGCUUAUUUUCUACCUCAGGUCACGCUAAAGAUCUGCUACAGCCAGGAUAACAGCACUCACGUGCACUAUGGGAAUCAGCUGUCUCCCACCGAGGCAGCAUCAGCUCCGCAGAUCAGCUUCAAUGCAGAGGAGGGCUCCCUCUGGACCCUGCUGCUUACCUGUCCAGAUGAGCAUCUUCAGGAUAAUGAGGCAGAAUAUGUCCACUGGCUUGUGGGGAACAUCCCGGGCGCAGCAGUGCAGGCCGGCGAGGAGCUGUGCCACUACCUGCCCCCCUUCCCCGCCAGAGGGACGGGCUUCCACCGCUACAUUUACGUCCUCUUCAAGCAGGAGGGAGCCAUCAACUUCCAGGAAGACAUCCGACCCUCGCCAUGCCAUUCACUGCUGCAUCGCACGUUUAAGACCGUCGACUUCUACAGAAAGUACCAGGACAGUCUGACUCCUGCGGGCCUGGCCUUCUUUCAAUGCCAGUGGGACGAAUCCGUGACAAACACCUUUCACAACACACUAAGCAUGAGGGAGCCGGUGUUUGAGUUCAUCAGGCCUCCAGUGUACCACCCCCCACAGGUCAAAUACCCUCACCGGCAGCCCCUACGCUACCUGGACAGAUACAGAGACGGGAAGGAGCACACCUAUGGAAUAUACUGAUCAUGAGACGCAUGCACGUUUGCGAAAACACACAUUUUCCUAUCAGUGUGGGAUAAUGUUUGACAUAUUUAUGCCAUAACAGGAAAAAUAAAGCAAUUUUCAACUGUGCUGGGGUUGUGUUAUGU